AUGAGCCAGAUGUAUGACGAACACCACUAUGCGAGUUCGCGACGUCAGUCCCUGGCCACUCCUCCUCCACCUUCCAUGUCCCCGCGCCACACCAGAGCCCGCAGUCAGAGCGUGCGAGCGAGCAACGGUACCGUCAGCACGCAUAAUAGCUUCUCCAGUGGACGUAUGUCUGAAGCCACCAAUGUCACCCAACCGCCCUACUAUUCAAAAAAGUUCGUGGUAGUUGGCGAUGGUGGAUGCGGUAAGACAUGCUUGUUGAUUAGUUACUCGCAAGGCUAUUUCCCAGAGAAAUACGUUCCCACUGUGUUCGAAAACUAUAUCACCCAGACCACCCACCGCGCAUCGGGUAAGGGAGUCGAACUAGCGUUAUGGGAUACAGCUGGACAGGAGGAGUAUGAUCGUUUGCGCCCACUGUCCUAUCCCGAGACAGAUCUUCUGUUUGUCUGCUUCGCGAUUGAUUGCCCUGCAUCUUUGGAGAACGUUAUGGAUAAGUGGUACCCAGAGGUCCUGCAUUUCUGCCCAACAACUCCCAUAGUUCUGGUUGGGCUAAAGUCAGAUCUUCGCUCCAAACGCACUUGCAUCGAGCUCCUCAAGACCCAGGGUCUGACUCCUAUCACUCAGGAACAAGGUCAUACUGUGGCUCAUCGGAUGGGCGCCACAUAUGUGGAGUGCAGCAGUAAGGAGAUGCGCGGUGUAGAUGACGUCUUUGCAAAAGCAGUGGACACUGUUGUGUCAAUUGAAGAGCAAGGCUGGAACGCCCCACCAACGAAUAAUCGCAACAGCGCAAAGCCCGCCACAAAUGACAAUGGCGGUGGUGCGCGUGGUCCGGGUAAAAAGAUCAAAAAACGCUCCUGCAAGAUCCUGUAA